UCAUCCUCCUCCUCCUCCUCAGGUGUCCUACCAUGGCAGCCUCCUCCAAGUCUUCCCAGACAGCCAAGAACGUGGUGCUCGCCCUUCUGGCGCUGUGGUCCGUUAUCUCCCUCAUUAUCAUUGUGGUAUGGGCGACGUCUCCAGACCUGAAGAGCUCGGCCCAGUGCCGCAAGGAGCUGCAAGACAAGACGGAGAAGCUGGAGGGGGCCAAGGUGGUGUGGAACAAGGACAAGGUGGCUCUGGAGGAGCUGGUGCUGAAGGCGAGGCAGGAGCGGGACCAUCACAGGGCAGAGUGUCUGCUGCUCGAGAAACGCUUCAAUGCCACUAACAUCUUGCUGGAGGAGUGCCAGCAGGAAAGGGGUGUCCUGCACAUGAACAUCAGUGUCCUACGGGAGGACAUCGAGCAGCUCCGUCAGAUGGAGGCAAACCUCACGGCUCAGCUCCGCCUGCAGGAAGACCACAUUGAGGAGCUGCAGCAGAACCUGACCCAGGCCUUCCAUAAGACCGAGUCCUGCUUCAGUCUGAAGGAUGCGGCUCAGAGUCAAAUGCAGGCGGCUAAGAGUCAGACCAGAGCCUGCGAGUCCAACCAGCAGUACCUGCAGAAACAGCUCCACAAGUGUAAAACGGAACCUGAAACUCCUAAGGUUCCAAAGCAGACAGCAGCCCCCUCCUGCUCCACUGACGACAACAACUCUGCCUCGCCCCUCGCUGGUAUUCCUGUGCUGGCGCUGCUCGUCUGCAGCGCUCUGCAUCUGAUAACCUGAGUUCAGCGUGGCAGAUGGCUGAUUCGAUGGUGAGCACUGCGGUCCAGAAUGGGGUGGAGCCUGGACGGACCCAAUGACUGCUGUACAAACUUCCUGUCUAUGCUACAAACAAAUAGAUCGCCAUGGAGAUGCUGAUGUGUGACACUGCCGUAUGAUUGGACACAGGCCUGGCUUAAACGUGAAAUCGACUCUGCUGCCUUACCACUGUUUUCUUCUAGCUUUGCUGCUGCAUUUAUGUUUGAGUCCAUGAACAAGAGGUUUUCCCAAAUCCUGCAUCAGUUUAUAGACUGAGCUCCUUCCAGACAUGCAGUGUUGUGAGUGUCGGGUCACCAAGAAGGCCUGUGGGUCUACAUCAUUUAAUCAACCACAAAUUUCAUAGAAACAUGCUCCACUGAAGUAGACUGUAGAAUACACACACCCAUCAUGGCCAACAUCUGGUUUUAAGAUCUGAGGUGCUUUAGCUGCUGGUGACAGAAAACUGGGAUUCAAAAACUGACGGAGGACUUGGUUUUACAAUUUGCAUUUCAGCUUAAAGCCCCUCUAGCUAACUUUAGCCCUCAAACUCUCAGCUGUUACAGAGUGAGAAUCAAAGCUGAAAAAAUGUAGGAAAAAAACAACUAGACUAGGUUUUCACCUCUUAUCCAAGAGGCUUCAUCAGUUCUGCCCGACUGGCGUUGAGUCAGGGACAUUUAUCCCCAUCAGUGGUGUUUCAGUCCAACAAUGUCCCCUUCUCCCUCCACUCCUGCCCUGUUGGUGAAACUACAUCAUCUGGAAUAACUCCAAAUUACAACCAGGUACAAAACUGAAAAGCUAACGUUAGCCUGCUAAUGAUGCUGACAUAUACACGACUACAUGAAGCAAGGCAGCAGCUCCUUUCUUUACCCGUACUGGGAAUUUACAUUCAAAAUGAGGGGUUAGCAUAUCUAUGUAUGGAUUUAAUGGGUUUACUGAUUUCCACAGCUUGCUAGAGAGAGCAGGGGAAAGUGUAACCAAAAAGCUGAGCGUGACACCAGGAGCCUGAUCAGUCAGAACAGAGACCAGUAAAGCGUUAGCAACAGACAGCAAGGGGAUCUGAGUGACUGAAACAGCUGCAUGUGGAGAUGAGGCUUCAUUAAACACACCAGAGGAAAAAAAUAGACUUGAAAACCAGAGGCUGUGUGGACGGAACCAGAUCUAAACACUAAUGGAGGAUUUGGGAAAUGAUCCAUUAGGAUCAAAGCUUUCAAAAAUCCUGUUCACACUUGACGGUUAAAUCAGAUCCUAACGUGGACAGGAUAGAACAAGAUGUUAUUGUGAAGCAUAAAUAAUUAAAGUAUCCUGAGCUGAAGUUGUAAUAUUUUGAUGGUGCAGCAGAGACCUUAGGAUAUGGAAACACAGUGAAACCAUUUAUAUGAUGUGUCCUGCAGAAACGGUUUAAAAGCAGUGUGUUUAGCAGUGGGGAUUUUACUGCAUGUCUGGAAAACCAUGCAAUGUGAUGGAUCAUGGCUGCCUGUGGAGUUUCAAACAGAGAAUUCUACAGCUGCCUAGAAAGAAAUCUAAAAACUGACUGUAAAAUGGUCAAAAACCCCGUUUACAUCUGUAUCAGCACCAGCAUCUGGAGUCUGUAACACCGGCCGUGACUGAAAUGCUACACACAUUUAUAGACUGUUCUCAAAUUUUAUAACUAUCACCUUUCCAAACAAUUUUUAAUCUUCUGAUAAACAGGCAGAAAAAAGGACAGAAAUAUUCAAAAGAACUGGUGCAGGUCAGGUUUAGCAGUCAGGUAUGAACAGGUCAGAUGUGUGAAUGAAUUUAGUCAGCUGGUCUAUUUGUUGUUCUUUUGUGCUUUUUAUCUUGUUUAGCAAACCUCACAGCCUCAAGCUUCUGUCACUGCAGCAGAGGAGCAACUCACAUGUUAGCUUUUUUAAAUUUUUAUCUGAUGCUGGUUUGGGGGUGGGGGGGUACUGAAUGUUUGAGAGUAAUAAACCUGAGAUGUUUCUAAAACUACAUUUUCUUUGCUCUGCAUUUUAAUUCUGAUUUACCAAAGGGUUAAAUAUUACAUGUAUUUAUUACCAGUUGUUAGAGAUUUAACCAGCGGCUGCCAACAUUUUUGUGACCUCUUGAACAAAACCAGCAUCUAGUUUUGUCUUUGUGUCACAUUGUCAUGUUUACUUGUUAGCAGUUCCACCAGACUUUUCUGUUCCUAAUAUUCUGCCCCUCUCAUGCAUGUCAUUGGGGAGGACACACCUCUGAAUCUAAUGCAGUGCAGUAAAACACCACCUCUAGGACCUCACUAAUAAACAUAGAAUUGAAAUUAUACAUUUUUUUAGAAUUUCGCUGAAAACUGAAACAUUGAGCUUCAUAAACACAGAUGGGAAGGAGGAAGCGUUCCACUGAAGUAAAUACAAUUGUACAGGUGCGACUAUGUGGCCAGUGAGUGGAUGAAAUAAAGUGCUGAUACUUUUGUUAGUAAACCGUUAAGGACAGGAUAGUCAGACUAGUCAGGUGCUAAAGGGUGUGUCUGCUGGGCUUCUUCCUCUACUUUCUGAGAUCAAGUCCCGCACAAAACCCACUCCAAAUGUUGUUAUAGUGUAUAAACAGAUACAUUUGUCAUUUUCGGACACACUGAUUCGCUGCAAAUGUUGCAAGGUGCACCUGAGUCUGACAGCACCAGCAGACAGUAUGAGGUUCCUCUGCUUCUGAUGCAGUUUGUGUGAACUGGACUGUUGAGAAAUAAAAAAACAAAGACCA